AUGUUCUUUGCGGUACCUCAUCACUGCCAACACACUAGGAAAACAUUUUACUGUUGCUCUGCUGGAUAGAAAGCAGUUUGCAUACUUUGGAAACAACAUUACUGUGAUACUGUUAAAGCUGGACUGCAUGAAGAAUGUCGAAGCUGAUGACCGAGAGUACUGGAGGAGAGAGACAGAACGUGUGCAGAAUGAUCAGCACUGGCUCCAAGAGAAAGAGCAGAGCUUUAAUCAAACUAAAGGAGUUUCCACACUAACGAGGAUGUACGGCUGUGACCUUAAUUCUAACGGCACCACUAGAGGAUAUGAUCAGUAUGAUUACGAUGGAGAGGAUUUCAUCAGUCUGAAUCCGACAACUGAAACCUGGACUGCAGCUAAUGAUAAAGCCAAGAUGUUUAUAAAGGAGUGGGAUACUGAAGGAGAGAUGGCUAAACACUGGAAGGACUUCCUGGAGAAAGACUGUAUUGAUCAGUUAAAGAAGUUUGGGUGUGACAGCAAUGGCACUCUGGACAGGACAGAGGCGGUUUGUCACGCUACAGGUUUCUUCCCCAAAGCAGUGAUGAUCACCUGGCAGAAGGAUGGACUGGACGUGCAUGAGGACGUUGAUCUUGGAAGGACGUUACCCAGUGAGGAUGGAAACUUCCAGAAAAGAAGCGUUCUGAAAGUCCCCACUGGGGAUCUCUGGAAACACAACUACACCUGUGUGGUUCAGCACAGCAGCCUGGAGAAAAAGAUAGUGUUAGAAGUACCACAAGGUGGAGAAUCAGAUGCAGAACCAGGUGGAGGAUUAAAAGGAAAACAGAUUGCUAUCAUCGUUGCUGUAGUCAUUGGACUUGGAAUUGUGGCCUACGUAUGCAAGAAUCUCCCCCAUAAUCUGAGUGUUUGUGACCUGAGUAUCACCUGGCAUAGGCACGGAGAGGACGUGCAUGAGGACAUGGUGGAGCUCAGAGAGAUGACCAGGAUGGAUGUUUUCAGAAGAGAAGCAUUCUGAAUGUCCCAGCUGAGGAGCUGCAGAAACACACCUAGACCUGCGUAGCUGAUCUACAGCGUCCAACAGCUCAGAAUCCCCAUGGGUUUUUUGUUUUGUGUUUGGACUUCAUUUCCAGUUUGCACUGAGCCAUAAUUUUUUUUUUUUACCUGGACAAUUCAUGUAUUUUAAAUAAACAUCUUUAUUCCGUUUAAAAUUAUGCCAUGCCUAGAAUUCCCAUCUAUAACAGAGUAUGUCAGAAAGCUGUAGGAUUAUAAUAAUGUUACUGGAAGCACCAUUUUAUGACCUGCAUGGGGGCUGAUGGAACAAGAAUGUGAGGGGAUCAUACUGUAUAGUGGCCUAUAAAUAAUAAUAAUAAAAAAAUAAAAACAGGAGAAAGAAUAUCAUGUAUGUUGCAUGUGGAAGUGAUGAAAUACGAGUACUGGGAGCUCAUUAACCACCAUUUUGACAAAGUAAUAGCAAUUACUGCGUGUGCGUCAUUAGACAUCGUGCCCACUCACACACACACUCUGCCUCUCUCCUUCACACACACACACCCUCUGCUCUACACAGAAACAGGUUAAGUGCAGUUUUAUUUUUGU